GUGGAACAUCUCAUAUUUCUGUGGAACAUCUCAAAAUGCCCCUCUAUUCCAGGUGAUCCAGGAGAGAAACGAUGGGACCAAUACAGGAGUGGGUUUGGGCAGUCAUCUGGAGAGUACUGGUUAGGCCUAGAAAACACCCAUCUCCUCACUCAGAGGAAGCAGUAUGAGUUGAGGGUGGACCUGGGGGACUUCGAAGGAGCUAAAGCCCACGUGCAGUACUCCUCCUUCUCUGUCGACUCUGAGCAUGAAGGAUACAAGCUGCAUUUAAGUGGCUUCAAAGAUGGAGGUGCUGGAAAAUCUAUGGAUGAACACAAUGGGCAGAAGUUCUCCAUCUUCGACAAAGGCCAGGGCACUCACGCUUCAAACAGUGCUAAAUCAUAUCUAUCUACCUUCUGCUCUCUCUAUCCCCCUAUCUCUCCUCACUAG